AUGAAACUUCUCAUUUUACUCUUCAUUACCAUCACAGCCGCCCACCACCUGUUCCCUUUGGAGGAGCUUCAUCAUCCACCAUUUCUGAAUGAUGUUAGCCGGAAGGCUCAAAAGCACUACUAUAAAAUCCUCUUCAAUGAAAAAUUGUCCAUAGCUGAACAGAAGGGAAUGAUCACGGUCUGGGCCAAGAAAAACAAUGUUACGGAAGAAGUCAAGAGCUUCUACGGCAGAAUAGGGAAGCGCAUGGAGGAAACGAACGAAAAAUUAGCCAAGCUGAUUGGCGCCUUACCAAUGGCUCUUAAGAACUUCACUGCAAUAAUGAAGAACGAGAACCAAACGGUGCCUCAGAUGAUGAUGGCUGUGGAAGCAUUGAAGGCUGAACACCCAUCGGUGUUCCAUGUACUGAUGUCUGCUAUGAAAGAAGUCAUGCAUGAACAUGGUCCAUAUGGUCCACACGAACCCCAUCCAUGGACGCAUGGAGAACCUUUUCCAUUUGAUGGUCAUAGGCCAUGGUUCCACCAUUGGGAAAUGCCUUGGCACAGAAGACCGGUUGCUGGCCCUUUCGGUGGAAGAUGGAACAGUGAGUCAGAGCACGAAGCUUCUCCAUUCGGUCGAGAAGAUCACUGGAACAAAGGAAGAUGGCACCAUGAGCGUUUCGAUGGUUCCAUGCCUUCAAUGGAUUUCGGAAUGCUCUAG